AUGGCAGCGCUGCAGAAGUUAUCGCAACUCUCGCAGCCACAUUGUGUGCUCCUCGCCGUGCAAUAUGCGACCGAAUCCAACAUCCUAGCGUUACGGGCACUGACAGCACUCCGAGACGGCGAUCUGCCGCUUGAGCUUACUCUCAGCAUAAUCCUCAACUAUCUGCCCGAAGAGAGCGAUCCGUCUUCGUAUUACGAAUAUCUGCACGAUCUGGCGACUGGAUCGCGGUAUCCUGGUGAAAGCCCCGCUGCAUCUCUAGACAUAACAUCUGUCGAACAGCUCUCCAAUUCAAGGGCGAAGAAGAGAAGGCAUGCGCUAGAUCUGCCGCCUGUAAUACAUCCUCUCUACGUAGAAGAGAGCGAGCUCGACUUGUUCACCCACUUCCUGAUACAUCGCGCCCACCGAAUCGACGCCCAGACAGGCCUACUAGAUCUUGUCCCCCAGCUCGUGGUUCCCUUUCUGGGCCAUUCCGAAUACCUACGCACAUGGUUCAUAUCGACCGUCCUCCCGCUCCUACGCCUCAGUUACGAAUACUACCCACAAUCUUCCGCUACUACGCUUGACGAAUUCGCGGCGCUCAAGGGACGACGUGCGAUUGAUUACCAACUGUCCCACGCUCGAAGCGCAACCGAUACCCAUACACAUAAUGCAGCACGAGACCUGAAGGGCGUAGUCGCGCCAUGGCUAUGUGGAGCGAAUGAUCGUAAGAGACGACGAAUUACACGCGAAGGUCGGAGAGCAUCAAUUGCACAGGAGCAAACACAUGAACCAGACGAUUGGGAUUGUCUGUUCCAAUGGCUGCUAUAUGCAUCAAAGGAACAUUUGGCGCUUGUUACCGCUGCCAUCUGCGACUGGGACGGCCCCGAGGAUAUGGACCUUGGUGGCUACGAAGAAGGACGAGACUAUAUCGAUGACGACCAACAGCGCCGACUGGAGAUGAAAUAUGCACAAACAGCGCUCGCGUGUCUCUACCUAGUCGAUAAGAGCGAUGUUAGCUCACUACAGACGGCGCAUUCGCUCUUGACGCGGAUAUGCACCCUGCUAAACUAUGACCCGCCUCCAGACCUUAGCAUCGGUGUCGGCCAACUACCCUGCUACGACCUGAAAGAUCCUCUGUUACAAGACUCGACAACUGCUCUACUGAGAGAGGAUCGUUUGCUGGAAAAUGACAAUGUCAUUACACGACCUGGGUCUGAAGCAUUCCGCGUCCUUGAACUGAUCAUCUUCUCCUCAUGUGUUCUAUCAACUUUGCAGCAACCGGUAUCUAUUCGAGAGGUCGCGAAGAUGUCACUACGGGACGACUACUCGGAACAGCUAUCGUUGCUGCAGAGGAUACUUCACACGCUGAAUAGCGGCUCCAAGAAAGACAGCGAACAGUGGGCCACCAUCCGGUCUAAGUUAUUGUGGCUAUGGAACUGGGGCACCGAUAACCACGAUGAGGACCGCCAAGCCCAAGGUGUAUUUGGUUUGCUAGAACGGAAGGCCUUAGAAACGGAGAUACUGAAAGCGCUCCUGGAGAGCAAUCACUUCGCACUCGCAAUAGACCUGUACAUCAAGCCAGCAUUCGGUCAGCAGCCGCUCCUUUCCUCGGAUGUCGAACAGGUCGUGCUUGCGUCAGCUAUGCACCACUACGAUAACGCUAGCAACGGUAACCGUAACAGGGGUGGCAUGAAGCGUGCUGCCGACACCAUUACUGCGUUCGCCCCUCACUUCUCCUCGUCGUCGCGAUUUCAACGGUUCCAGGCCUUGCUCACAGCCACUCACGCCAUGUCAUUCUACUCACUCAUACUUCAACAUGGCGUACCUUUCCAGCCGGUCAACAUCCGAGUGAGCUCUAAUCCUCUAUCUUUAGUACGCAAGCUACUAUCACAAAACUCUGGUAGCUAUACCAAGUUGGAUGACCUGGUUUCCAUUGGUCAGAACUUGGUAAUCGCCAUGCCAUCGACUAUCAUGGACGAGGAAGUACCAAACAUACCCAUGGAUGCCACGACGAUCGAGAGGAAGAAAGCUGCCGCGGAGCGACGAGUAAUCGGAAUGGCUAUUGAGGCUGCGCUAGAAGAAGACGACUUUGAGACUGCCUACUCAUAUGUCGUCAACCGACUAACGCCCUCAACGCCAUCCCCAGCGCCACCAACAUCUUCGAAUUUCUUCUCAUUCGGAUCUGUGGAUGCCGACGAUCACGAAGACGAAGCAGAAGACGUCGCUUGGCGCGCUGCUCUGCGCGCCGGUCGAUACGACGCAUCGCUAUCUUCAUCCAACAGUUGGUCACAAGCCGGCAAUGCAGCACGCCCAGAUCUAAGGAGAUUAGAGCAACGUAUGGAGCUCCUCUCACAAGCGCUCCUGCUCGCGCCACCCAACCACCUCGAAGAAGUGCUAGGUGUAUGGCAGCAGUGUGAGGCAGAAAUGAUGCACCUCCUAGCGCAGGAAACCGCAGCAGAAGAACGCUUCAACGACGCAGCCGAUCGCAAGCUCCCUGGCGCUUUCGACACGGACACCAUCACCGUGCAGCCCCGCCGCGAAGUCGGCCGAGGCGCUGUUGAAGAAGCGCCAAUGGGCCUCUUUGACGUGGCGCGCGGUGCAGCAGCGGCAUUUUCAAAGACGGCGUUUCCACUCCGUGGUGGCGCACAAGCUGCCUCACAUACUGGGCCUUCCUCGAGUCGCGUCAGUAUGGAUGGAAGUGAGUCUGGUAGUAUGGAUGGUCAUGAGCGUGUGAGGAGGAGGGAUAUGGUGGCUAAUGCUGCGACUGGAGCGCUUGCAUCGGGCAUUGGCUGGAUGUUGGGUGCCAAGCCUGUUAAUGAGUAG